UGAAUAGCAAAUUUCAGUUACGCCGUAAAAGAGGGCAGGGAAAAUAAACAGCGAAAGCGCUAAGUUUCGUUUAGCCUGUUUAUGUUACGCGUCACAAACUGCUUGGCUCAUUUGAAUUUAAUCGUAAUUUUGGUCACAAAGAAAGGUAUUUGUGUAAUGAGUAAGUUGACUGUGUUUGCUGGAAGAUAAGAGUGUCUGUGGUCAAUUGGAAAAUUGUGGACGAAAAGAGUCGAAGUAGCUAAGUGGCCCACAUAAAGUACUGUUGUUUUUGUGACCAUGAGACGGGGCUCCUCUUAUGGCGACAGAGACAGGGACCGUGGACGAGACAGGCCUCGUUCUGCGCCUGUGGGUCUUCGCAAUAGUGGCCCCUCGCCUAUGAGGUUUGGGAAUCCAGGGGACCGUCUCCGGAAAAAGAAGUGGAACAUGGAUGAGCUGCCAAAAUUUGAGAAGAACUUCUACACUGAGCACCCAGAAGUCCAACACUUGAGUCAGUAUGAAAUGGAAGAGUUUCGGAGUAAGAAGGAGAUCACCAUUAAAGGCUCUGACUGUCCCAAAGCUGUUAUCACUUUUCAACAGGCACAGUUUCCACAAUAUGUGAUGGAGGUGUUGAUGCAGCAGAACUUUACGGAGCCGACAGCAAUCCAGUCUCAGGGCUUCCCUGUGGCUCUGAGUGGCAAGGACAUGGUGGGCAUCGCACAGACCGGAUCUGGAAAGACUCUCGCUUAUCUACUUCCUUCUAUUGUGCACAUUAAUCAUCAGCCCUACCUGGAGAGAGGAGAUGGACCUAUUUGUUUGGUCCUGGCACCAACAAGAGAGCUGGCCCAGCAGGUCCAACAGGUGGCUUAUGAGUACGGCAAGUCUUCCAGAAUCAAAAGCACCUGUGUCUACGGCGGAGCGCCCAAAGGACCACAGAUACGAGACCUUGAGAGAGGUGUUGAGAUCUGCAUUGCCACGCCCGGUCGCCUGAUUGACUUUCUGGAGUCAGGAAAGACCAACCUGCGCCGCUGCACUUACCUUGUCCUGGAUGAAGCUGACCGCAUGCUGGACAUGGGUUUCGAACCACAGAUUCGCAAGAUUGUUGAUCAAAUCCGGCCUGACAGACAAACCCUAAUGUGGAGCGCAACCUGGCCCAAAGAUGUCCGUCAACUUGCUGAAGACUUUUUAAGAGACUACAUUCAGAUAAAUGUUGGCGCCCUGGAGCUCAGUGCCAACCACAACAUCCUGCAGAUUGUCGACGUUUGCAUGGAGGAUGAAAAGGACCACAAACUCAUACAGCUGAUGGAGGAGAUUAUGGCAGAGAAGGAGAACAAAACCAUCAUCUUUGUGGAGACCAAGAAACGCUGUGAUGAUCUGACGAGAAGGAUGAGGAGGGAUGGGUGGCCAGCCAUGUGUAUCCAUGGAGACAAGAGUCAGCCAGAGAGAGACUGGGUGCUCACAGAAUUCCGAAGCGGGAAAGCUCCCAUUUUGAUUGCCACCGAUGUUGCCUCUCGGGGUCUGGAUGUGGAAGACAUCAAAUUUGUCAUCAACUACGACUAUCCCCACUCGUCUGAGGAUUAUGUCCACCGAAUCGGACGUACAGCCCGCAGCACCAACAAGGGCACCGCCUACACCUUCUUCACGCCCGGGAACGCUCGUCAGGCGAGGGACCUUGUCCGAGUUUUGGAGGAGGCCAAUCAGGCUAUCAACCCCAAGCUGCUUCAGAUGGUCAAUUCAGGCCACGGAAGAGGAGGCGGUGGAAGAAUGCGUUACCGUGGCGGCAGCUCCAACAAUCCGAACCUGAUGUACCAGGACGAGUGUCAUCGCCGCAUGCACCCCGGAGAGGGAACCAGCGGCGGCAGGGACAGCCGCUCCGGUUACGGCCACAGCGACCACAGCCGCGAUGCCAGAAACGGCCUCAGUUCGGAUCAGUUCCAGGGUUACGGUGGCGGCUACAAGUCCCGCAGCGGAGUCCCGUCUGCAAGUAGCGGAGGCAUGGAUCAGUCGAGUCAGCUUCAGGGUCAGUUCACCCAGCCUCCUCCUCCUACUCCUCCUCCGUCUGUGCCGCCGGGGGGGCCUCAGCCUCUCAUGGCUCAGCAGUUUCCCGCACCGCAGCCCCCAUUAAUGGGCUUCAUGGGGCAGCCGCCCUACCGUUUUAACCCUCCUGGCCCUUCAACCCGCUAGUAGUGAUAUGACAAAAACAUACAUACUAGAUUCCAAUGGUGUGUUUUUUGCUAUGGUAGCCUGCGUCAUGUAUGUGUCUGGUUUACGUCAGCAUUACAUUCAGCUGGUUUCAUAUUUUUAAUAUAACAUGCAUGCAUACACACAAAUGAGAUUCACUUGUCUGUGCAUUUAUUGAUUCAGUUUUUAAGUAUUUUGGAACAUCUGAACUCUUGGUCAGUCUCUGACAAAACAGAAAGGACAAAACGAUAAUGAUCUAACCGUAAAUUGAAUGACCUUUUUUGGUCUACAGGCCAUUUUUUUAUAGAUAUUUAUAUGAGAAGACGGAAGCAAGGCAGUUAUUACAAAGCAAAGCAUAAAUUAUUUGCAGAGGGUCGGGGCAUUGUCACCAGUUAUUUUUUGGAAAGGUAUUUCUAUUUGGGAUUAUACUAUCUGGGGGUCAUGAUGGCUUUUGGGGAAAGGACACGGAAAGGAAAAAGUCUCAUCCUUGGGGAAUAUUUUCUAUUUUUGAAGAUGAUAUCGUCAUAUUUCUGAGCACCACCUGUUGUACAAAGUGGAGGUUGCCCUUUCAAGACACUUUGACAUUCCAUGUCCCUCGCGGGUCUUAGCAAGUUACUGCACCAGUUCUUCAUAACACUUUUUAAAAAUAGUUCGCUAUGUGGCUUAUAGACUUUUGAUAAAACAAUUUGAUAGCAUGCACCGUCAUUGGUGUUUUAUUAUACAGUAUGUAAUAUAUGCACAUAUGUUUAUUAAAUCAAUGUAUGCCACAUUCAUCAUUUCUCUAAUGAGAUGAUUUGAUACAAGCUCUGCACACGCUGUGUUUUCACUCUUUAGGGCUAGCUGGAAUUCUGCUCUUGUUGGGCCUCACUAUAGUGGGACUGUUUGGGUUUGGGACAAUGUCCAGGUGAGGUCAGUAUACAGUAUGUGCCUGUCAACUGUUUGGCUUGGAAUUAUUGACAAAUGUAUAUCUGUUGGUGCAUAUUUUUAUUUUAGUAUUUGCUUGUAAUUGAUGAAAAAAUGUUCAAAAAGAUGGCCUUGACAAUCUUUGAAAAAAAAAACUAGAUAGAAAUAUUUCAAGAAUGCACAUAUUGUAUGUUAUGUGUACUUUUUUGGUUGAUUAUAGCUUCCAGCUGUAAUCAUAUUCCAUUUCAUAAAGCUGCACCUGUACAAUUGUAGGUUCCGACUGUUUUCAUGUACAAUAUGAAUUCAAUGGAACACAUUAAAAAUGUUUUGUAACCACGUUACUGGUUCUUGACUAGUAACACUUAAGAAUGAAAAUGAAACCAAUCUGCCACCAUAUUCUUUAUUUUAAUAUCUGUAUAAUCUCAGCGGCCGUCGACCCAUGCUGUAAAUUAUUCUCAUGUACCAUUUGAUGCAGACAAACAUCACAAGAGAUUCACAGUACAUAAAACGUAUGCACAAAUGAAAAGAAUGACCUUCAUCUCAGGCACGUGUGGUAGAAAAUCACUGAUCAGAUGUCAGCGAUGUCAACUUAGGACUUUGCGGUGUCCCUCUUUGGGUCAAACGUCAAGAAAGGCAGCAAACGAGGAAAGACAACAUUCUGUCAAAAGGACAUGUCUCGUGCAAAAAAUCAAAUAAGUGCAUGUGAUAUCAUUCUAUUGAUCCUGAGUCAAAUCCAAUGUAAAGAUUGUUAGAAUAUUUCUAAAGUGCUGAAACGUUAAGAAUGUCUUCAUGUCAGGAAAUCACAGCUGUUUGUGUAACUUUACCAGCAACACGAUUAGGUUUCAUAAUGAAAAUAAUUGUCGUUUGAUAUAGCUAAUCAUGAAAAACGAUUGAUACACCAUCCUGACGCUGAUGUUCUGCAAUUCUGGAUGAACAUUUGCAGUAAAAUUGUAAUUAUAUUAAAUUCAGCAAGAAGGAAUUAACAUACUCUUGCAAUCCAAUAUUGUUCACAGUUCAUAUUGUUGCCUUUGAUCACCCAGCAUGCCUUGCAGGCAUUUGGAAAUAAGAGUUUCAAGUUGCAUGUUAUUUUACACGGUAGUAGUAGUAGUAAUUGAGUUAUGUGGACGAGUUUAGUUUUUGUUGCACCGUGAGCAAGUACUGUAUCUCGUUCUGUUUGAUGUUUUAACCCAAUGUGGCAUGCCUUGCGGGCAUUUGGAAAUAAGAGUUUUAAGUUACAUGUUAUUUUACACGGUAGUCGUAGUAUAGUUUUUGUUGCACCGUGAGCAAGUACUGUAUCUCAUUCUGUUUGAUGUUUUAACCCAAUGUGGCAUGCCUUGCGGGCAUUUGGAAAUAGGAGUUUUAAGUUACAUGUUAUUUUACACGGUAGUAGUAGUAGUUUAGUUUUUGUUGCACCGUGAGCAAGUACUGUAUCUCGUUCUGUUUGAUGUUUUUAACCCAAUGUGGCAUGCCUUGCGGGCAUUUGGAAAUAAGAGUUUUAAGUUACAUGUUAUUUUUACACGGUAGUAGUAGUAGUAGUUUAGUUUUUGUUGCACCGUGAGCAAGUACUGUAUCUCAUUCUGUUUGAUGUUUUAACCCAAUGUGGCAUGCCUUGCGGGGCAUUUGGAAAUAAGAGUUUUAAGUUACAUGUUAUUUUUACACGGUAGUAGUAGUAGUAGUAGUUUAGUUUUUGUUGCACCGUGAGCAAGUACUGUAUCUCGUUCUGUUUGAUGUUUUAACCCAAUGUGGCAUGCCUUGCGGGCAUUUGGAAAUAAGAGUUUUAAGUUACAUGUUAUUUUACACGGUAGUAGUAGUAUAGUUUUUGUUGCACCGUGAGCAAGUACUGUAUCUCAUUCUGUUUGAUGUUUUAACACAAUGUGGCAUGCCUUGCGUGGCAUUUGGAAAUAAGAGUUUUAAGUUACAUGUUAUUUUUACACGGUAGUAGUAGUAGUAGUAGUUUAGUUUUUGUUGCACCGUGAGCAAGUACUGUAUCUCGUUCUGUUUGAUGUUUUAACCCAAUGUGGCAUGCCUUGCGGGCAUUUGGAAAUAAGAGUUUUAAGUUACAUGUUAUUUUUACACGGUAGUAGUAGUAGUAGUAGUAGUUUAGUUUUUGUUGCACCGUGAGCAAGUACUGUAUCUCAUUC